AUCUCCAUGGCCCCUCUCUUCCUUCCAGUCGAGAUCCGCUACAAGGCAGAGAACAUGUAUCUUGCGGCCAUCAUCCCUGGUCCCUGCGAACCGUCCCUUGAAGCGCUCAACUACUAUCUUCGCCCCAUAAUGGAUGCGCUUGUGAUCUCUUGGGAACGAGGAGUCUAUCACUCUCGCGUUGCGACGAAGGCCGGCGGGUGUGUCUCUCGAUCGGCGGUUGCUGCUGCGGUCAUGGACCUGGUCGCUGCUCGCAAAACCUCCCAGCUUGCGUCUCAUUCGGCUCACAUAUAUUGCACUGUCUGCACUUGUUCUACUUUGAACACCCGGGGUCGUACGGACUACCAGAAUUGGACACGCCGAGAUCCGGCUGAAAUGCGCAAACAGGCGGAGAGUUGGAGGGACGCUGCAAGCAACGCCGAACGAGAGAAGCUAUUCCAGCUUCACGGAGUGCGAUGGUCGGAGCUCUGGCGACUACCCUACUGGGACCCCACUCGUCAGCUCGUGGUGGACUCGAUGCAUUGCAUCUUCGAAGGGCUCGUCCCAUAUCAUUUCCGCGAGCUUCUCGGUCUUACUGCUGCUAACGCGAAUGCGAGGGUUGAGUCACAACCAGCUUUUGCGCAGACGUUCGUCGCCGUCGACGUUGAGGCCAACGGCCAGCUGGAUAUCAAGGACGAGAGGAAGCUGUCGGACAAGGCGAUCAAAGAUGUUCAAGCCAUCCAUCGCGCUCUCUGUCUUCCUGUUGACGGCGAUGCGGAGGCCGGCCUGAAGAAGCUCCACAAAGCACUCAGCGGGAAGAACCUGAAGGCCCUGCAAUUUGUAGGCACCAGUCUCAACGUUCCGCAUGCGAAGCCGAAGAUGUACAGGAGUGAUUGGGCUGACGGCUUAGUGGAAUGGCGACGCCGCAAGCCUCUCUCUUCAAGCGGUCCGCCAGCUGAGAAGCUAUCCACCCCCGAAGUUAUCGCGCGGAUUCAAGAAGUCAUUCGGGAUGCCGCAACUCCUUCCUGGUUGAGUUCUGUGCCCAAGAAUUUCGGUGAGGCCAGGGCGGGUACACUCAAGGCCGACGAAUGGCGAAUCCUCUGCACAGUCUAUCUCCCUCUUGCACUGGUUAGCUUGUGGGGAUCAGGAGCAACGUAUGCGGCGUCACGCGAUGCCGAGUUCCUCCUUAAGGUCCUCGAUAAUACUAUGAUGCUCGUUUCCGCCGUCCUCGUUCUGUGCAAAAGAACGAUGUCCAGCCGCCGAGCUCGGAAGUACCGCGAAUACCUCGCCAGGUGGCUAGAUGGAGUGCAAAAACUUCAUCCAGAGCGGUACUCUGAUCGCACCAACAACCACAUGGCCUUCCACAUCUUCGACUUCCUCAAGCUCUUCGGCCCCGUAUAUUCCUGGUGGUGCUUCCCUUUCGAGCGACUGAUCGGACAUCUACAACGGCUGCCGCAUAAUGACAAGUGCGGCGAAGCAGAGGCGACCAUGCUCACUUCCUAUCUGAGAGCUUCCAAGCUGCGAAGGUGGUUCCAGCGUCCGGAUUGUCCGCCUGCCCUCCGUCAAGUCAAGUGCUUUUUCGACAAAGCGUUUGGGACCGGGAAUUUUGUUCACUCAGAGGAGGCGCUUGAAGCUGAGGAGAACGUCGAGGUUUCCCGGCACCGCCCUCCAGUUCCCGAGGAUCUCAAGAGUCUCUUGACAUAUGCCGAGUGCAAGAGGGUUAUUGUUCUCGCCAGGUGCAAACAUGACGGCUUCGUGUUCGCCAGAUCGACUACACAUCUUGGCAACAGCCUUGUUCGGUACUAUGCGAAGGACAGAACUGCGCAGUACGGCUGUAUCAAGUACAUUUACAACGUCGACGGUCGCAUCCAGCUAGUCGUGCAGCGGCACCUGCCCGCGAAAGGUGGAGACCCAUUUGAGCGUUAUGCGGACUUCCCGGCCACCGUCAAAUCCCCCGAACUCUCUCCCCGCCUGGAAUGUAUCCCGCUCGGGCAUGUCAUUUGCCAUUUUGCACGUUGGACAAUGCCGUCCGGCGAUGUCGCUGUAGUGCCGUUGUACAAGGACUAAGUAUGUUUUGGUUAUGAUAGAUUUUUGGUUCACGAGUCUGAGUCAUGACUAUGUCCACCUCGACGCGUAUUGUCGACUCUAGAGGUGAGUGGACGGAAUGAUAUGCGCGAAUGUACCGCCAGUCGCUAGUUCUCGAUGAUGCCUUAACCGCAGGUGUCCACGAGCACUUUCUCCUCUGGCCGCUCUCGAAGAAGUCGACAUCAUCCACGCUAAGCUCAGUGGUCGAGCGAACGCAGGACCGACGCUCGUGAUGCGCGGGGGCACCCCACGGACACGAACCUGCCGACGAUCGGGGCGCCUCCGUGUCUUCUCCUGACCGCGCCCGUCGCCCUCCGCUCCUCGUUCCUCGCUAUUCGCGCUGCGCUCAGCUGAAGACCUCUUGCCAUCAUGUUCUUUGCUCCCAUCUUACGUUUGUCACGUCAUUGGCGUUGUAGCCGAUCUUCUCAGCGCUUUUACAUUGCGUUACUGUACCUUUUCCUGACUUGUUCCUUGCGCUUGCCCGCCCUCCCACACGCCUAGGCCUUCUGCGCUUGGCUCGGGCAGGUCGCUGACCUAGCGACCCGUCUGGUUAUAUAGUCAGCAGCAGGUCCUUGGUCCUCCAGAGAUUCGCGCACCUGCCAUGAAAGCUCCCGUCGUCGCCGCUCCACCUCUCAACCCCCCUUCCGUCCUUGUGUUAGGCUACACUCGAGGGCGCGGCCUCGACCUCCUCCCGAACACGUACUGCAUCACCCCCGUGUACACCAAGAAGAUCGGCGUCGGGGAUCGCCUGCGCAUGCUGGUCCUCAAUCGCGACGACAACUCCAUCCUCUCCCAAAUCACCGUGACCUUGACGGCAAUCCGGCUUCGAGGAGCCGAUGUAACAGAGUUUCGAGGCGAAUGCGUCCAGCUCCCUCUUAACCUCGUCUACGUUCAGGCUCCUACGUACCACGCCCGCGUCAGCCGGUUCGCGCUCUGGGACCUUCUGCGGGGUCGGCUCUCACUUACCGACCCCAUCCCCCGAUGGCACAACUUUGAAGUGAACGUCGUUCACUUCCCGCUACCCACGCCGGUCAGCGACGAAGACUACUCGCCCAAGAUCGAGGUGCGGGUUAGUGUCGACGCCUGCGUAUCAGACAAUUAGGGCAAGUGUAACACCGCUUUGUGGGGCAUACCCUCACGCUGGAGUCACAUCCGGGCGAGCCGUCUACUAGAUGCCUGCAUUCAAUCCACAUCCCCGGCUGUUGCGGCAGUCCUCACGCUCAACCUUACGCCCCCC